AUGGCCCAACUUCAAAAGGCGGUUAUCAUUCGUAGCCUGGGACAGGCCGAGUUUGUCUCUAACAGGCCUAUCCCCACGCUCCGCGACGGCUACCUCCUCGUCCGGACCGUUGCAGUGGCUUUGAAUCCCAUCGAUUGGAAACGUCUGGAGAACACGCCGGCAGCCGGUGCGACAAUGGGCCACGAUUACUCUGGAGUAGUUGUUGCAGUUGAUGCAUCAAUCAGUCGAGAUUUCAAAGUGGGAGACCGGGUAUGCGGAUUGGUCAACGGGGGUGAUGGCACACAGGUCGAUAAUGGUUCAUUUGCGGAGUACAUCGUCGUGAAAGGCGAUAUCCAAUUGAGAAUUCCAGAAAGUGUCAGCUUUGUUGAUGCAGCGACUGCAGGAGUUGGCAUCAUGUCCGUUGGGCAAUGUCUCUAUGGCCCGUCUGGAUUAGGACUACAGCUACCUGAGAUCGGAAAGGAGAAGCCUAAGGAAGAUGCGGUGCUGAUCUAUGGUGGAAGCACUGCCUCCGGACUCUGGGGGAUUCAAUUUGCCAAAUUGUCCGGCUAUAGGGUAGUUACAACAUGUUCGCCUCGCAAUUACGGCCUUGUUCAAGCUUACGGAGCAGACAUCAUCAUCGACUACCACGAUCCGGAAUGCAGCGCAAAAAUUCGUGAAGCCACAGAUAAUGCACUGAAAAUAGUUUGGGACACUGUCGCCACAGCUGAGUCUGCCAAAAUUUGUGCGGAUACAAUCCAUUCUGCUGGUGGACGAUACCAUGGGCUUCUUCCAGUGCAGUUUCCACGAGCUGAUGUAGUAUUUGCGUUUACUGAUGCUGGGACAAUCACUGGGGAGCCGUUCGAAUAUGGCCUAGAGAGAAUGGUCGUCUCGGCCAUGCCAGCUGAGUUCAAUUUUGCAGUUCAGUGGGCUGAAUUAGCAGAGAACUUGUGGGCAGAAGGCAAGCUGAGGACUAUCCCUGUUCAACGUGGGCAGGGUGGUUUGAAGGAAAUUCUAGAAGGACUACAGGAGUUAAAGGACAACAAGAUCAGCGGCCGGAAGUUGGUGUAUGUCAUUGCAGAUACUGUACAGUAA